AAUGGCUGCACAAACCAACAUCAAAGUAACACAAACAAACAUACAAGGACUACUAAACAACAUAGACGAGCUGAAGCACAUCUUAAGCAACGAAAACAUUGAUGUGAUCUGCCUGCAAGAAACUUGGCUAGUGGAUCACACUGCAAGCAAAACAAGAAUAAAUAAUUACAAUCAUUUUUACCAAAACAGAGAAGAUGGCUAUGGUGGUUGUAGCAUCUUUGUACAUAAAAAAUAUCGAGUAGAAAGCGUACAGGUACACCCUAAGAACGAACACAUGCAAUCUACUGGUAUCAAACUAAAAGGGCUGAAUAUAAUGGUAAUCAGCACCUAUGUGAAACCCACCACACCUAAACACAUAUUCGCCAAAUAUUUCAAGCUGCUACUUCGUACGGUCAACAACACAAAAGCCAUAAUAACGGGUGAUUUCAACGCCCAUCACACAGCGUGGGGCAACCACUUCUGUGACAUGAGGGGAAGAAUCACGCUGGAAGAAGUUAAUAGCAGCGAUUUGGUACUGGUGCAUAGUAAGGAACAUACCUUUAUAAACCCUGAUGUAAAUAAAAAAAAUACUGCCAUUGACCUAACCAUCGUUACACCUAAUAUGGUUCUAGAUGUCGAACGUAAGGUCACAAACCAACACAUUGGCAACAGCGGACACAGAAUAAUUCACAUAGCCUUAAAAAAGCCUACCAAAGUACAAACAAGAUCUGUGAUAAAUAUGGUAAGAGUAGAACAACAAAUCUGUGAUAUAAGUAGUACCGAAAAUACCACCAUAGAUAGCCUUAAAAAUACCCUCCAGAAAAUCAUGAAACAAAACACCAAAUCCAUUGAAUACACACCAAAAAGCUGGUGGAGUAAAGAGCUCCAAAGGGCUUGGGAAAAAAAGAACGAAGCUCGAAGAAAUUUUAAUCGCAACCGUAGUAUAGAAAACUUGAUUCAAUCCAAAAAGGACCUAGCUAAAUUCAAGUUCCUAAAAAAAGUGGAGAAGAAGAAAAACUUUGAAAAAUGGUUAGAUAAGGUCAACUCGGACAGCACUAGCAAAGAACUGUGGGACCUUGUGAACAAAUGUCAUGGAAAACCAAUCAACAAUAACGGCAUUAAUAUAAUAGCCGAAAGUACGGAAAAUGCGAAAAAAUUCCUAAAGUUAAACUUCAGCAGCCCGAAAAGGCCAAGAUGGCAGUACGCUCCACAAUUCAUUUCAGACAUCGAAAUCUUGAAUUUGGAGAAAUGGAAAAAAAUAUUAGCCAAUAAAAAAAACACAACACCUGGUACUGAUGGUAUAUCAUACAAAGCCCUGAAAUUGCUGAAUGAUGAAGUGGUUCUGGUACUGAUCAAAGAACUGAAUAACAUGUACCAAAAUGGAAGGGUACCGAAAAAACUGAAAAAAAUCAAGAUAGUAGCAAUUGGCAAAAUUGGAAAAGACACAAACUGUGUAGAAAAUUAUAGGCCUAUAGCACUUCUGUGUACAUUGGUUAAAAUAGUCAAUUCAGCAGUCCUGCAAAAUAUAACACAGCACCUGGAGCAAUUUAAUAUCCUUCCGGAAACCACAUUUGGCUUCCGAAGACAUAGAUCCACGAUGACUGUUGUAAACCUCCUGGUUCAUAAAAUUCUUCACAACAAUGCAAAAAGAAAAUACACGGGAGUAGUCUUUAUAGAUGUUAAAAACGCUUACAACAGCGUACUCACCCAGGAACUUCUUGAAAUUCUCAGACUUGACAUGAUAUCUGAAGAGGAUAUUGCAUGGGUUGCAAGUUUUCUGAAUAACAGAAGCCUAGAAGUAACAGUGGGAAAAGAAACAAUCAAACGGAUUGUUAGUAACGGUCUUCCACAAGGUGAUGUGCUUUCACCAACUCUCUUUAACAUCUACACGAGCAGCUGCCAUGAACUAAACAACAGUAAGAUCAGAUUAUUGCAGUAUGCGGAUGACUUUGCAAUUAUUGAAACCGGAAUAACACCAAAAGCAGUUGAAACAGCGUUGCAAAGAAGCAUCACAUGGCUAAAAGAGCGCCUCAGCCAGCUCAAUCUAGAAAUCAACAGUGCCAAAUCAAAAGUAAUGACCUUCCCUAACAGCAAGUUCAGUAUCAGAGUAAAUGUAGAUGGCGAAGUGAUAGAGCAAACGAAAGAACACAAAUUCCUGGGCUUAACGAUUGACGACAAAUUAAAAUUCAACAAGCAUCUUGACAAUCAAAUCGCCAAAACAACAAACAGACUAAACCCGAUUAAAACUAUUUGCAACAAUUCUAACCACGUCAACCCAGAAAAGGCCAUGCAAGUACAUCGAGCCAUAGUACGAGGUACUAUAGAAUAUGGGAUAGGAUUUAGCCUCAAUGCAAACAAGAACAAACUUCGCAGGGUUAACAUCACAUUAAAUCAAUCCUUAAGAAGAAUAACCGGAUGCACUAGAUCAACGCCGCUCAACACGCUCCAUGCCAUAGCAGCAGAAAGACCUUUCCACAUUCGAGCCAAAUAUCUCGUAUGCAAACAAAUAGCAAAAACAAUAGCAUAUUCCGCACCUAACAAAGCCCUAUUUUCCAAGCUAAAUCAUCGUCGAACCGUCAGACUAUCAGAAAUAGAAAAAAACUACCUAAACUUCAAUGAAACUCUACAAUCCAUAGUCACAUACCAAUUCAAUAAUACUAUCCAAAGUAGUAGUACCAUAAAGAUAUCCACCUCAAUACCCGGUUUAGAAAACUGCAAACAACGCUAUAACCCCACAACAGCACGUCAGCUAAGUCUUGACUUGAUUAACACCACAAUUACCACCCCCACAUCCAUACAAGUCUACACAGAUGGGAGUAAGAUAGACGAAAACUGCGGUAUAGGAAUAUACAUCAUCAGUGGCAGCCAAGUACUACUAAACCAAUCCUAUAGACUGAAAAAUCCUAUGUCCAUAUGCUCAACAGAACUGUACGCUAUAAAACUUGCUCUAGACUUUGUGAUCAAGGAACGAUUAGAUGGCCCAAUUAUUUUCACUGAUAGUCGCGCGGCAUGCCUCAUUAUCAAAGGAGCCUUGGAGGAAUUUUACACGGACGAUAUAGUGUCGGAAAUCUUGAACAAUGGCAUAAAAGUGAACCUCAGAAUACAGUGGAUCCCCAGCCACGUUGGUAUUGAGGGAAACGAGGUAGCGGACAGGCUUGCUAAGGAAGGGAUUACAAGCAACAACACCAUAAACAAUAAAAUACCGCUCAAAGACGCGCUAACAAUUUUCGAAAACAAGGCAAAGGAGGAAGCUAACACGUGGUAUAAAGAAAUAAGCCAGCACAAAGGCAAAACUUUUGCGGAGUAUCAAACUCGAAUGGAGAAAAGAAUGUGGCAUCACCGACUAAAACUACCAGCUCAUGGCAUAAAAAUGAUCAACAGAUUAAUAUCGGGACACGAUCACAGUAACUACUGGUUACACAAAAUGAGGGUAGUGGACAACGGCCUAUGCGGUACAUGUAAUGUGCCGGACACGGCCAAGCAUAGGGUCUUCCAUUGCGAAAGAUAUGCCUUAGAACGAAGAAAAACAACCCACAUCAACGAAGUAGCGUUCAAAAAAACAUGGAAAAGAAAAGACUCAUUAGGAUUGAUUAAAAUAAUCAAAUUCAUAAAAGACAAUAGGAUAAAGUUCUGAAUUACAUAGCUACAUGAAACAUAAAUCGAAAUCACAACCGCUCAAUCCUGUGAUAUAAAUGCAAAGAACAGUCACGCACACAAGAACGUCAUAAAGCAAAACACGAACCUUCCCACAACCGAGAGACGGAAAAACAGAACAGAACAAUUGUAACAACCAUAGAACAUCAGGACAUAUGGCCUCAGCAGCCGGUCCAUAAAUCACUAGGGGUAGUGGUAAUAAGCCUCAACCACGGAGUAACUAAGGAAAGCCUAAGUUUGGAUUCCUAUGUGGUACCGUGGUAAUACCUCGACAAAAAGAAGAAGAAGAAGCCUUCACCACGCAAAACCACGCAGGAACCUAAAUAAUUUGUCCCGUUUAUCAAACCAUUUCCUUGCUGAAAUUUAGGCCUAUUUGCAAUAAGUGCCGUAGAAACUUACAGCCUAACGCUGCCUGCUUUGCGAUAGCAUCUGUGGUUCGAUAGAAAACCCGUCCGGUCCCGGCAGCAUCGUCGUCCUCACCAUGGGUAUCUUGGAAAAAAUCUCGGACAUCGAGAAGGAGAUUGCGAAAACACAGAAAAAUAAAGCAACCGAGUACCAUCUGGGUUUGCUGAAGGCGAAACUAGCCAAGUACCGGUCACAGCUGCUGGAACCGUCGAAGAAGGGCGAAAAGGGUGAUGGGUUCGAUGUACUGAAGUCGGGCGACGCUCGCAUUGCCCUGAUCGGGUUCCCAUCGGUCGGUAAAUCUACGCUACUGUCGACGCUGACCAAAACGGAGAGCGAGGCAGCGAACUACGAAUUCACCACGCUCACCUGCAUCCCGGGUGUGAUCGAGUACAAGGGGGCCAACAUACAGCUGCUCGAUUUGCCCGGUAUUAUUGAAGGUGCUGCGCAGGGCAAGGGUCGUGGUCGGCAGGUUAUUGCCGUGGCGCGCACGGCCGAUCUGGUGCUGAUGAUGCUGGACGCUACGAAACCGAACGUGCACCGCGAUCUGCUUGAGUACGAGCUGGAGUCAGUCGGGUUGCGGUUGAACAAACGAAAGCCGAACAUCUACUUCAAGAUUAAGAAGGGUGGCGGCGUAAGCUUUAACGCGACGUGCCCACUGACGCGCUGCAACGAAAAGAUGGUGCAAACGAUACUGCACUCGUUCAAGAUCUUUAACGCGGAAGUGCUGUUCCGAGAGGAUUGUACCGAGGACGAGUUCAUCGACGUGGUGUCCGGGAAUCGGAUCUAUUUGCCGUGCAUCUACGUGUACAACAAGAUCGAUCAGAUCUCGAUCGAAGAGGUGGACCGGCUUGCCCGGCAACCGUACUCGGUCGUGGUCAGCUGUAACAUGCAUCUCAAUCUGGACUAUCUGCUGGAGGUGCUGUGGGAACAUUUACAGCUGAUCCGGGUGUACACCAAAAAGCCGGGUGCACCGCCAGACUUUGACGACGGUCUAAUUCUACGAAGGGGUGUUACGGUGGAACACGUGUGUCACGCAAUUCAUCGUACGCUUGCGGCCCAGUUCAAGUAUGCGCUCGUUUGGGGCACCUCGACGAAAUAUUCUCCCCAACGGGUGGGUAUUUCGCACAUCAUGAACGAUGAGGACGUUAUUCAGGUCGUUAAAAAGUAACCCUCUUCCACAAGCAACACUUUCUGCGUCCUCCUGGUAUAGAGUUGUCCCCAUGAUAGGGAGGUUUCUUCUUUGCAAGAUAAAAUAAGGCCAGACCCCCGUAAAGAAUGAACUGAAACCGAUUCUUUUCCGUGGUUUGCCGAUUUUCUUUUUGGUUACUCGUUUAAAUAAACACAAACAAUAACGUAAAAUUAA